AUGGAAGACACCGCCAAACCAGGUCUUUUUGAGAAGGACGGCGUCAGGGUUGCUGUUGAAGGCUGCGGCCAUGGCACCCUCAACGCAAUCUAUGCCGCCGUGACCACCGCCUCCCACGCGCGCGGCUGGCCCGGCGUCGACGUCCUCAUCAUAUGCGGAGACUUUCAGUCCACCCGCAACGGCCACGACGUCGAGGUCAUGUCCGUCCCUGCAAAGUACCGCGUGCUCGGCGACUUCCACGAGUACUACUCGGGCGCCCGCACCGCCCCUUACCUAACCCUGUUCAUCGCCGGCAACCACGAGGCGGCCGCGUACCUGUGGGAGCUGUACUACGGCGGCUGGGUUGCCCCCAACAUCUACUACAUGGGCGCCGCCAAUGUGCUGCGUGUCGGCCCGCUGCGCAUUGCAGGGCUGAGCGGGAUCUGGAAGGGGUUUGACUACCGAAAGCCGCAUCUCGAGAGGCUGCCGUUCAGCAGGGACGACAUCAAGUCUUUCUACCACGUCAGAGAGUUCGAUGUGCGCAGGCUGCUGCAGAUAACGGAGCAGGUCGAUGUCGGACUAAGCCACGACUGGCCCAGGGGCAUUGAGAAACACGGCGACGUACAGCACCUGUACCGCACGAGGCCCAUGUGGAAGGAGGAGAGCCUGGAUGGGUCAUUGGGCAGUCCUGCGGCAGAAUAUGUCAUGGAUCGGUUAAGGCCUGCGUUCUGGUUCUCAGCGCACAUGCACUGGAAGUUUGCGGCUGUCAAGACGUAUCCUCCUCCUCCUCAGACCGUUGGCUUGGAUGGCACAGCUAAGACAGCACCAGUUCCAGCUGUUGAGACACCAUCUGAGCCUUCGAAAGAAGAGGCACCGGUGGAAAAUCCCAACGAGAUUGACCUGGAUAUGGACGAUGAUGAAGAUAGUGCACCUGCCGCACCACCUCCAGCACAAAGCGGCAACGAUGAUUCCACCGCCAAGGAUGCACAGGCAGAAACCACAGCCACAGUCACAGAUGACCUCCGCGCUCAACUUCCAGCCUCAUUUACACAACAGCCAAAGCCAAAGCCCUUCGCAGGACCGAAACGCACACCAGGCCAGCCGGUCCCACCAACGAUUACCAACACCACAGUACGCUUCCUCGCACUCAACAAGUGUGAGCCAGGAAGAGACUUCCUCCAGCUUUGUGGCAUCAACCCUGUAGUCCCGUCCACCAGCGACGAAAACCAACAGCCCGAGCCCCCUUCCCUGCCAUACCAAGGCCGCUUCGCCUUGCAAUACGACCCGGAAUGGCUCGCCAUCACGCGGCACUUCCACCAGCACCUCAAAAUCGGCGACAGGACAGCCCAGGCGCCCCCGGACGAGGGCGAGGAGGCCUACGCUCCCAAAAUCGCCGAGGAGCGCGCGUGGAUCGAGGAGAAUGUCGUGAGUGGGGAUAAGCUGGGCGUCCCGCAGAACUUUACCCUGACGGCCCCCGCGCUUCUGGAAGGCGCCGAUGAGAGGCUGUGGGGCCUGCACUCGGGUAUCCAGCCACAGGAGCACACCAAUCCGCAGACAGUUUCGUUCUGCGCGCUGCUGGGCAUCGAGAACCUGUGGGACGCGAGCGAGGAGGAGAGGGAGCGGCGCCGGCAAGAGGGGCCGCCACCUGAGGAGGACAGGGGCGACAGGGGCUUUAGAGGCGGGCGUGGUGGUGGUCGAGGCAGGGGAAGGGGAGGUGGUGGACGAGGAGGUGGAGGUGGUGGUUUUGGGCGGGGCGGAGGGAGAGGACGGGGUAGAGGCGGACGGGUUCGACAAUUCGUAUCAGAGGAUGUAUCCCCUCUGAAAAAGCGAGAUCUCAACGGGGCACUACCAAAGGGUAUCGUCAUGGACCACUGA